AUGUCUAUGAUCACAGGCCUCCACAGUCUGGAGUUCCAGAAGACGGUGUACAGGCCCCCGGGGGGCAGUGAGCCGCGCUUCUUCCAGACCAUCCUGCUGGACGGGGAGGUGGUGUCCCAGUGUCAGAGCCCCGAACUCAGGGAGCAGCUCCAGCAGCAGUGGGCAGACCUGGCCUUCAGCUCCAGUGAGAUGGAGAACAGAGACCAGGCCUGCCAGGCACAGUACUACGAGAUGAUCCAGUGCCUUCAGGAGAUACAGCAAGUACUCAACAACACAACAGCGGUUCUUCAGAGGCGUCACGGCUGCUCCUUUAACGACACAACACUCUUCCCGUUGGAGCAGUGGGGCGUCAACGGUGAUGACUUCCUGACCUUUGACCCCCAGACCCAAACAUGGCUGCCACAGUCCAAGAUGGCCGCCCCUACAGCACUACGGUGGAACAGACAUCUGCUGAGGAACCAGAUCCGUAACCACGUCUACAGUCACUUCAACCAGGACGGCUGCCGCGCCACUCACAGCAGCCUGCACAGGAAGAGGCUUGCCUGGGGACAGGAAGUGACAUCCUCUCCCCAUGCUAUUGAUGUCCAAGUUUUUGCCAAACCGAUCCCUGACAGUUCCGAAUCAUCUCUUCAGUGUCAUGUGACCGGGUCUGACCUAUCAGGAGUGACGAUCCAGCUGACCAAAGAUGGAGUUCCUCUCUACAGGGGAGUAGAGCUGAUUGGUCCACGGACCAAUGGGGAUGGAACCAAUCAGAUGAGAGUCCAGGCCCUGAUCAGCAUGACAGACACAGAGGGCUACCAAUGUGAGGUCUACAGAGAACCUGGUCAUCACUCUUCUGCCACUUUGGGUAAGUGCAGCCAUAUGGCAUGUGUAAACGCUGCAAAUGCCUUGAUGUGUCCUAACACUGGGUGUCCCAGCUGUGGGCGAGAGGAUCGUCAUCACUGCAACUAG